AGCUCCAGCAGCUGGACCUGCAUCAAACUCCCCCGCGUCGGUUCCGAUCUCGAACGAGGCAGCAAACAGCCUGGGGAUCCAAACCAUUCUUUCAUUCACCGAGCACUUCUCUGUCAGACGAGUAUGACUGGCGUGGCGCCGUUGAUUGGACGUUUUCCGAUAGCCUUGAUUCGGCCGUCAAUUUCCCGCUCCAACAGCUCGAGUCCAAAUCCAAUCAUGGCGCGGUCAAGUGUUUCUCGACUGGCGCAGGUCGCCUGCCGCAGCCUGCAAACCGCCAGCAUCGCCCGCGCUGCCCUCCCCAGAAUUUCUGCGGCGCCAGUCUUCUUGUCUGCUCCGUCAAACGCCCAGGCUCCUGCAGCUCGUCGUUUCAUAUCCAGCAGCUCCGACCUCAGGGGCAUCACGCCCGAUGGCAAGCCGCCGAAGGACGUCGAGACUCCCCAGGUCACCAGGACGGCCGCUAGUAUUACCGACGCCGAGUACCACGCGCUUGCGGAUGCGUACAUGGACAAGUUACUCACUCGCCUAGAGGAGCUGCAGGAUGAGCGGGAGGACGUCGACGUCGAGUUCUCGUCGGGCGUCCUGACCCUCUCCCUCGGCCCCGACGUCGGCACGUACGUCAUCAACAAGCAGCCUCCCAACAAGCAGAUAUGGCUGUCGUCGCCCAAGUCAGGCCCCAAGCGCUACGACUACGUCAUCCUCGGCGAGGGGCAGCACGAGAAGCAGGACACGGCCACGGGCGACUGGGUAUACCUCAGGGACGGUACUACCCUGAGCGACCUGCUGACAGAGGAGAUUGGCGUCGAUCUUAGCCUGUCCGACGCCGAGCUUGGGAGCUAGCACCGCCCAGGGGAGUGUUUCACGCGAGGCACAUGACGAUGUUUCUUCACCCCAGUGCUGUGUGUUUUACUAAAUCGGUGUGUUCAGCGAGCGACAGACAUUUUCUGGCCGUGGGGCAGGGCGGAGUGUCAUGGCGGAAAGAGUAGGUUAUUGGGCCCAAGCCUGUUCUCGUCUCAGGGAGGUUGGCCCCACGAGCGUGUAUGAUAUUGCAGUUUGACUUCAAGGUUUCAGGAAUCGGCGCCAGUGCGAUGUGUUUGCGCUUCAUUCACC